GCGCGAGAUACUCCGGUGUGUACUUAUAUAAAUGUGGACAGAGCUCAAGAUCAGCUACCAUUAGUUGCCCGUAACUUGGAUAGUGCAGUGAUCGCGUAGGAAAAUGUUCAAGUCGGUGUGUUGUGUUGUUCUCUUCAGUUUCGUGGCUUCUGCGGCGAAAUUGCCCAGUGAAAUACCAAAGUGCAACUAUGAGGAGCAUGAUUGCAUUAUUGAGAGAACAAAUUGGGUUCUAAAAAAUCGUCCUGAGGGUAUUCCAUCCAUCAAGCUUCUCCAAUUUGAUCCCAUCAAUGUACCAUCCAUGAGCAUUGUCCAAGGAGGCAACAGUCCGGUCAAUAUUGAUCUUCAGUUCAAAAAUGUUAAAUUCUACGGCCUCAAUAAUGCCACUGUGACGAGAAUCUCAGGUUUCAAGAAUACAGUUGAUCAAGAAAUUGAGCUAGAUCUCAAUACACCAAAAGUUGCCCUUAUUGGCCCUUACACCAUCAACGGACGCGUCCUUAUCCUUCCCGUUCAGGGCAAAGGAGACAGCAAUCUCACCCUUGAGAAUGUCGACGUUAAGAUACGUCUCACAGGAAAGAAGAUCACAAAGAACGGAAAGGAUUACCUGCAAACGGAUAAUCUAAAGUUGACAUUCAAGACAACACGUGCCUGGAUCUACCUGGGGAAUCUCUUCAAUGGGGAUCCAACACUCGGUCCCACCACAAAUGAAUUUCUCAAUGAGAACUGGAAGGAAAUCUUUGGGGAAUUGCAGAAAGUGAUUGAGGAUGCUUUUAGCAAAAUUAUUCAAGCUCUCUUCAACAAUGUCUUUGCCGCCUUACCCUAUCACUCAGUAUUUAAGCAGGGCGGUGAAUGAUCUCCAGAUUGAGCCUCCUGAAGCUAUAAACUAUUUAUUUUUUUGUUAUUUUUCUAUUAAAUGUCUUGUUAGUGCUGUGAGAGAAUAUACCGAAUUUUUUUGGAA